AUGCAUGGAUUGUUGGGGAUACCGGAGUCCGAAUCAGUCGUUGAAUGGCGAGAUUUCGAUCCUAGAACGCCAGAAUUCACGUCAGGACCCGACAUAUUCAAGUGGGGAGCCAAUCGGCCCGACAGCAAUGAACCUCAUCUGAUUUAUCAUAAGGAAGAUGAUGCAAUCUACGACGUUCUUCCCGGCCCAGUUAUUCUCAAGCUAGAAGUUAAC